AUGACAUUCAUAAUAUUUUAUCAUCUAAGUUCUAAUACAUAUUAUGUUACAUAUUUUAUUUAUAUUAUGAGACUACCACCACUUGACUUUUAUGAAGUCAAGUGGUGAUUCUCUCACAUUUUUUGAUAAUUAUUUGAAUACAAAGACUUAGGUGAACUCUUAUUAUGAGUUGGAAGUAAUAAAAGAAGCGCAAGUCUUCAGCCCAAUGAAAAACUCAGGUCUUAUGGAGAGGACCGACCUAAUAUGUUUAUGGGCUCUAGAGAGGGCAUCAUCUUGGUCUAGCCCAUUUGGACUUAAAAAGACUAUCAAGAGAUAAGAUUUAGGCUGUUCAUCUUAAGAUGCCUUAAGAUGAUAUAAAAAAAAACCAGAGUGUCACCCUCAUAGAAUGAUUUGGACCAUCCACCAAGAGAGUUGGUUAUUGAUCAUAACCAUCUAUUAGAGGAGCCUAACUCUCGAGAAGAUUAAGUCAUCUCACCCCCCUCUUGGAGAAUGUUUUUUGGCUCUCUCUCUAGUAGUGGCUAGUCAAAGAAAACAUGAGGGAAAUCAAGGCCUAGUCAAUGGCAUUCUCAUGCCCAAGAUCAUCGUGGAGAAGAAAUUACUUAGAGUGUAUCAAGAUCAUCACGGAUCAAGCAUCACUCGGCCUAAGACUGACACACAAUGAGGUUUGUGCAAGAUUUAUAUUUGAGAUGUUCUUGUAAUCCUCUCCAUUGAUAGAUUAACUUUUAAUUCAAACUAGUUUUAUCAUUUAUUUCAUCAUUUUAUUGUAUUAGAUCUAUUCUCUUUCUUAUGUCACAUUUUUCAUCACUCUUGUUUUCACCCUUUCACAUUUAAUUCUACCCUUUGCAAUCUCAGUGUAUAUAUAUAUAUCUAUAUAAGAAAUAAAAUAAGUAGAAUUCGUACUCUCAUUACCAACGCUCCUUGAGGAUUGACUAUUGUUUAUCUUAAAUAGAAAAGUGAGAUUUUAUAAAUAUUAAUUACCUAAACUUGGUUAUAUCACGACAACAUAUUUAACCUUCAAAUUCAGUUCGUCAAUGCACAAAUUAUUUUUGGACAAAAAAACUAAAUCUACUUAUGAGUGUCAAAGAUGGCUAAAUCUAAAUAUGAUGGAAGUAGUUAAAAAUAAAAUUAUUAAAUGGUUAGAGGCCAAAAACUCAUAUCACCUUAGAGCCAAGUAAGGUUUUCGUAAAUAUAUGUCCCUACCACUACUCUUAUUUCCAAAAAUGAAAUUGGGAAACUUUUACAUGAGAUGUGAAAAUCAAGUACCAUUUAAACUUUGUCAAGUCCAUAUGUCAAUCUGGUCCUUUUGGUAAGAAAAAAAGGCAAUAGCUAAAAUUUUAUUUGGAUUACAUAGGUCUCAAUAAUAUCAUAACGCUAAGCAAAUUCUCAAUUCCCAUUGUUGAAGAAUUAAUUACACAGUAUAUUGUCCAAACUUGAUACAAAAUCAGGUUAGUAUCAAAUUCAUAUACAAAAGUAAGGGAUACCUAAGAUUGAAUUCAAAACCCACAACACUUAUUAUGAUUUUUUGUCAGUUUUUAUUUGGACUAAAAAAUAAUGUGAUCAUUUUUCAAGUUUGAAUAAAUUGAAUUUUUUAGUCAACUAUUUAGAAAUGUUUUAUUAAUGUUCUUUGAUGUCAUUUUGGUCUAUAACUUGGAUACAUAAACACAUAAUAAACACUUGGCUCAGGGUUUUUACUUUAAGAAGACCAGUUUCAUAUAAACAUAAAAAAAUAUAUUUUUAUGAACACAUAGAUCUAGUGUUUUGGGUAUUGGGUGUCAAGUGAUGGUUUGAAAGUUGAUGAUAAAAAAUCGAAGGGAUGAUAAACUAGUUGAACUCUACUAA